CAAGUGAGCAGGACAACUGAACUAACAACACAAAACCAACAAAGAAGCUGUCUCCCGAAAUUCGCUGCAAUCCUUCUCCCAGCAAACAAACAAAAACUUCCGUAUCCAAGUGAGAUUUCCGAAAACUAAAAGAUUAUUUAUUUUUUAAUUCUGACCAAUACGGUCUCCAAUCCAACCGCGAAUCUCGAAAAACUUGGGCUCCCUGUUUUUCCCGCAAUUUUCUCUGCUCAGGCUUGGUCCUGUUCCAUUCCCUUCCCACUCCGCAGAAUCGCCAUUUCUGAAUCUCUCGACUCGUAUCAUUUGGAUCGACUGAGCUGAGGAAAGUAGAGGGGAGGGAGAUGGCGAUUUCAGGGUCAGGGCAGCCGCAGUUCAUCGCCAGCACAGGGAACCGGAGUUUCUCGGAUUCUCCGCUCAUUGAGAGUUUAGAGCCGGAGCAAAUCGUCGUACCCGAUAGGAAAAGCUGGAAAAACUUGUUUUCUUACAUGGGUCCGGGCUUCCUUGUUUCCAUAGCGUACAUUGACCCCGGGAAUUUUGAAACGGAUCUUCAGUCAGGAGCACGUUACAAGUAUGAGCUUCUUUGGAUCAUUUUGUUGGCUUCGUGUGCUGCUCUUGUGAUUCAGUCUCUGGCAGCUAACUUGGGGGUUGUCACAACCUUUGCGUUGAACAUGCUCUUCAAUCUACCAGUGUGGAUUGGAGUCCUUCUCACUGGGCUGAGUACAUUGGUUCUCUUAGCAUUACAGCAAUAUGGGGUACGGAAGCUUGAAUUCCUAAUAGCUUUUCUUGUAAUUACAAUAGCCGGCUGUUUCUUCGCGGAGAUGGGCUAUGCGAAGCCUGCAGGUGACGAAGUUGUGAAAGGUCUGUUUGUUCCUCAGCUUAAAGGAAAUGGUGCUGCCGGUCUUGCGAUUUCACUUCUCGGUGCGAUGGUUAUGCCGCACAAUCUGUUUCUCCAUUCUGCAUUGGUGCUUUCCAGGAAGAUCCCACAAUCAGUUCGUGGCAUCAAGGAGGCUUGCAGAUUUUACUUGAUAGAAAGUGGGCUAGCCCUAGCCAUAGCGUUUCUUAUAAAUGUGUCAGUUAUAUCUGUCGCUGGUGCAGUUUGCGGCGCACCCAACUUGAACCCUGAAGACAAGGAGAAUUGCCAGGAUUUGGAUUUAAACAAAGCAUCAUUCCUACUCAAAAAUGUGUUAGGUGGUUGGAGUUCAAAGCUUUUUGCAAUUGCUUUGCUGGCUUCAGGUCAGAGUUCAACAAUUACAGGAACUUAUGCUGGCCAAUACGUUAUGCAGAUGAUUCUAUCGUUUGAGCUUCCUUUUGCUCUCAUUCCACUUCUCAAAUUCACCAGUAGCACAACCAAGAUGGGCCAAUAUGCGAACUCUAAGAUGAUUUCAGCUCUCACUUGGAUAAUCGGUCUCUUCAUCAUGGCGAUCAACCUCUACUACCUAGUAACAGGAUUCAUCGAUAUUCUGUUCCACGGCCAUCUUAAACUGGCGGCUUCAAUCCCUCUUGGGAUAGUUGGAUUUGCUGGUAUGGGGCUCUAUCUGGCCGCAAUUGGCUACCUGGUCUUCCGGAAAAACAAAGAGUCGUCGCACCUUCUGGCGCUAACAACUCCUGAAGCCCAAGGAACGAGCAAUGGGGCUGGUGAUGGUUCUGUGGAUAAUCUUCCAAGAGAGGACAUAGUAAGGAUGCAGUUGCCAGAGAGGAGGGACUCCAAUUAAUAUAUGAUGACUCUGUGGUUAGUGGUUCUCAUUGCUCAACUUGUGUAGGGCUAUGAAGAAGGUAUGGUUUGGGAAAUCAGCUAGCUUAGAGAAAGUUGGCGGUAAUAUAUAGAUGCAGGGGGGUUUGCCACCAUUGACGUGAGUAGAUCUACCAUGGUUUGCUGCUUGCUUUGUUAGGUUAAUUUAGAAGUAAUAAAGUUUCGGGACUUGGCUUUGUGAUAGGGCAUUGUGGUUGAUUAAGAAGCAAUAAAGUUUUG